AUGCUGGGUGAAGGUCGAGUGGGGAAAACAUCUUUACUGCAACGUUUCGUCAAUAAUUCCUUCGAUGAUGAUUGUAGCUCUACAACUAAAGCAUCAAUGUACGCUAACGUAAAAAUUGACCUUUCUAAUGGGACUGUAGCAGUACUUUCUAUUUGGGAUACUGCUGGGCAAGAGCGUUAUCAUGCAUUGGGUCCUAUCUACUACCGUGAUGCUCAUGGUGCGGUGUUGCUUUACGACAUAACUGAUUACGAAAGCUUUUUAAAAGUAAAGAUCUGGUUGAAGGAACUUCAAGAAGUAGUUGGUAGUCAAAAUAUAUCUGUUGUCAUUGUUGGCAAUAAAAUUGAUCUAGAGCGUGAGCGUCGAGUUCCAGUGAGAGAGGCCGAAGAUUGGGCUCGCCAGCAAAAUGCAAAACAUUUUAUUGUCAGUGCAAAAUUAGGGAUUCGCGUUGCUGAACCAUUUGAAGCAGUGGCGGCAAAUGUCGUCGAUAGAAUUGAAAAGAGUAGUCGAAUAGUAGAAGAAAGUUUAAAACCAGUCUCUGAUGGGAUGACAAGUAAAAUGCCUGUGCGCCUUGGUGUGCCUCCUCCUAGAUCUCGUGGCGUAAAAAUAAAUUUGAAUGAAACAUCGGAUGAUUAUGUUUCCCCCGCUGAACGCCAUUGUAGCUGUUAA